CUAAGGGGUGGGGCACCAAACUCAAUUCCCUUGUUUUCCUGGUUUGUCACUCUCUCAUCUCUCUCUCUAGCUCACCAUGACUGAACUUCUUGCUACGAACCCGCUUGCCAUUUCAGCUGCAGAUUCUUCACGCUUUCCCUUUCUCAAUUCAUGCCCCACUCCUUCAACCAGAACCCAACUCAACCCAAAUUAUCACACUCUCUUUUCUCCCAAACUAUCAAAAAUCACCGCCGGCAGCAAGAGCAUCUCCGCCGCUCUCAGCUCCCGGAACAGCAGCUCCGGCUCAAGGGGUCAGAGCUUCUACGACGAAAUCGAGUUUGAGGACAGUAAGGUGAAGAAUUUCGGGUUGGAGAGAAAACCCUUUGAUGAGGGUUCGCCCCAUGAAACUGGGUCUAUCCCAUUUGGUGAUGGGAAGGGAAAUGGAAAGAGGGAGACCCAUUUGGGAGAAGAUGAUGAUUUGGUGAAGGUUCAGGGAGAUGAAGAUGGUGGCGUUGAUUUGAGAGAAGAUGAUCAAGUUGGUGGGAAGCUUAGAUUGAGAAGAGGAGGUAAACAGAUGAUAAGAAGGUCUAAUUUGUUGGCGAAGCAGGUGAUCAGCGUUCGCUCUGCGCUGAGCUUGGGAUUCGUCUCGCAGCUCUGGGUGGACACCACUUCUUGGAUGGUAUUAUUUGUGGAGGUGAGGCCAAACUUGCUUUCUGGGGAUUCUGAAAAAAUCCUUCUGGAGGAUAUUAGUCAGGUCGGGGAUGUUAUCCUUGUUCAAGAUGAAAGUGUGAUAGACACUGAAUAUAAAAUGAUUAGAUUGGAGACACUGGUUGGAUACAAAGUUGUAACGCCCUCUCAACGGAAUAUUGGAAAGGUGCGUGGGUACAAUUUCAGCAUUAAUACAGGUGCUGUUGAAGAACUUGAGAUCGAUUCAUUUGGACUAUCCAUUAUUCCAUCAAGUUUGGUGAGUACCUAUUCUUUGCUGGUUGAGGAUGUAUUGGAAGUUGUAUCUGAUGCUGUUGUUGUGCAUGAAGCUGCAGCUUUACGCAUACAAAGGCUUUCAAAGGGAUUCUUGGGCAACCAGAAUGCUGGAAUUUCGGUUGGUGAUGUUGAAGAUUAUGACUACGAACAAUCUGAGGCAUAUGACCGUAUUUCAAGGAGAAGAAAGAGUUUUGGACGAAAGAAACCAAAUCAAAGAGAUUGGGAUAAUGAAGAUAACUGGGAGCUUCCAAUGGACUACCUCUGAUUCUCAUUGAGUUCCUGAUAAAGUUCAUAUUAAACACAUUUUUAUUGAAAGUUCAAAUAAUCAUAUCAGAAACACCAAUAGUCUUCUGUUUUUCUUUUUUUUUUUUGCUGGUAAAUAGGCUUUCUUUUGUAUAUAGUUCAUUUCAAUGAACUUCUUUAGAUUUUUCUCUUGCUAUGUAUUUUAGCAGUGUAUUUGCCUAUCCCAUACCGAAUAAAUGCUAGGUACGUAAUAUAAGCAGUUUCCCAUAAUUUUAAAUGGAUGGUGUUUAUUUUUCUUUUC